AUGGUGCGGCCAUACACGCAGCCGCAGCUGUACAAGAAGCUGGUGAUUGACUAUCCCAGCUUGUGCAACAAGAUGAAGGUGGCCUGGAUUUGGGGAGCCGCCAAGAAGAUCGACGAGAAGGAGGCAGAUUUUUUCCCUGCAGUGCUGCACUCCAUAUGCACCGUGCUGGUGCAGCUCAGCAACACAAGCAAGAAGAAUCCUCAGCUCCUGGCGCUGCCAUACGACUACUGCAUCAUCUCCGCCGGGUGCCACUACAGCAGCAACCUCUGGUACGCCUCUCUCCUGGGGAAGGACCGUGAGCGGAGUUUGGAGGGCAGGCGAGAGCGGAUUGACAGCGAGAACGCCAAGCUAUCGGAGCUCGCCGCCCGGGGCGCGCACGUCGCCGUGAUCGGCGCCGGCUAUGUCGGUGUGGAGUAUGCAGCCGAGCUGCGAUACUACUACCCCAAGCUUCAGAUUACCCUGGUGGGCAGCAACAGAGGUGUUUGCCCGUCCAUGUGCCCGGGCGCCCGGAAGUACAUUCAGCGCCACCUGCAGAAGAACAAUAUUACGACCAUCUGUGGGACGCGCUACUCGGAGUUGAACGCCACGAGGUUCUGGAACAAGGUCGGGUGCUCGCCCCCGGACCGGGUCUUCAAAAGCGUGGGCAUGCAGCCGCACUGCGAGUUCUUGCCGUCCGGGUGCCGGAGUAGCAAGGGCUGGGUCAAGGUGACGCCGACUUUGCAGGUGACCCAGAGCGAUGGAGGCAGCGCUUCCCUUUUCGCUGACGGGAAGGUUUUUGCCGUCGGCAACUGCGCUGACGACGUUCCUGGGUUGCUCCCGCUGCCGAAGAACUCGUUCCCUGCCGAAGAGAUGGCGGCGCACGCGGUCCGAAACAUUCGCCGCCUGGAGAGGAAGAAACCGAUGAAGGCGUUUCACUGGGCCUGGCCGUCCAGUGUGUGCGCAACCAGCCUUGGACCCAAGGACGGCGUGCUUCUGGUGAACCAGAAGCGGCCGGGGUCGGGAUUCGUGGCCGUGCGGGGGCGCACGGUGGUGUGGCUGAAGGAGUUCAUUCGCUGGAGCAAGGUGGACCAGAUCCAGGGUGGUGAGUGCAGCCGAAACUGCCUCCACCCCAUCUCAACACCGACAUCUCACCCGAUGGGCGGCAACUUGCAGCCGGCGAAGCUCUGCAAAGGUCCCUUUCAGGUCGGCUCGGAGUUGGUCGGCUGGCUCUCACAGGAGGUCCUGCGCCGGGCCAGCUUCGGCAAAUGGGAGUGGGUUGCCGAGACCAUCGAUGCCAUGGGCCAGAGUGAAGUCUACGACGUGGGCAGCGGCAGCUGCGACCAGGAGGGACGCUCCCUCCUCGACUACGCCGCGAUGACCGUGCUGGCCGAGCCCAAGGCCGCCAAGGUACUGCAGCAGCUUCUUGACUCAGGCGUCCGGCCAAAGGUAGACAAUGAGGGGCUCACGGCGCUGCACUACGCGGCCUUUGCUGGCUCUCCCGAUGCAGUCGCGUUGCUUCUUCGCUCAAAAGCGUUCUACGACGUGAGAGCCCAUGGAGGAAUCACGCCGCUGAUGCUUGCAGCGCUUUCUGGAAGCCUCCCGUGCGCGCGGCUGCUUUGGGAGCAUGGCGCAGACGUGUCGGCCGUGGACGCACAAGGUCAGACGGCGGCAACCUGGGUCUGCCUGGGCUGUGGGGAGCCUCCCUCGCGAAGUGGCCGCCAUCGGCUCCUGAACAACGGGCCUGAGGAGUUCAAGGCCAUGGGCGGCAUCAGCAGCGGCCUUCACGAGGCCCUCGACCGGCGGCGGGCGCCCGGUGCUGCCGAGCCCUGGGGCGGGCCUGACCGCCGCGAGCUUCUGGGAGACCUCGUGGACCGCCUCUGCGCCUCCCCGUCCUUCGAGGGCCCGGCUUCCCCCAGCGGGGCGCAGGCCGCGCAGCAGUGGAUGCCCAUCUUGCGGGAAGCCUCGAAGCCCGGCCCAGUGCGCUGCGGCUGCUUCGCAGAGCUGUAUGUUCGACUUCGCCGGAGCCAAGGCCUCUGCAUCCCGCUGUUGGGCGCCGUUCUCUGCAGCGCCAUUCACCAGGGCCGAUAUUGGGGAGAACAGCUUUGCCGGAUGCUCCUGCGAGAAGCUGUUGACCUGCCGGUCACUGGCAAGCUGCCUGAUGGGCGAUCCAUCGUAGAGAAGGCCCUGGAUCUGGGCUGGGACGAGGUUGCCUUGCUGCUCUUUGAUCGGGGCGCCUCGCUGGACUCCGACUUGGCCGCGCAAGCGCGGGCGCUGCGCGCUGCGGUAGAAGGUGGCCACCGCGAGUUGGCCAAGCGGCUCGUAGGGCAGUGGGCCGAGGAGCGCGACAGCUGGGCGCGGCCGGCGGCUCCGGAGGCAGAGGGACUUGCGGAAUGCCCAGUUUGCUUCAGAGCGCUCUGCGAGGGAGGGCCUGCGGCGCUUGUCGAUGCCAGCGGCCGCCGGACGUGUGGCCACUUCCUGUGUACAGCCUGCGCAACGGAGCUUUCCUUGCAAUCCACCAGUCCCCGGUGUCCUGUCUGCCGCCAGCCCUUCCAGCCGCCACCCCACAGACCACCGGAUCCGCGCGAGGAUCCCGCGGCUUGGUUUGCCUUCUUCGACGAGGACGGCUCCGGAUACCUGGAGCGGCAACUCUUGGAGAAGGUGCUGCCUGCCGUCGUCCCGGUGGAUGCCGCCAAGCUCGAGGCUUCACUGCGCGGCUCGCUGUGGCGUGAGUGGGACCCGGCCGGCGAGGGGCGGAUUUCCCGGAAAGCCUUUUGCGCCGAGAGGGGCCUCCUGCGCUGGCUGGCGGAGCACCUCGAGGAGCUCAACGAAGAGCGCGAGAAGGGGCCGCCCCCGCCCUUGGAUAAGGAUCGUGAAGGAUGGUUCCGCCACUGGGCAAAUGCUGGAACCACCGGCAUGGGGAAGGCGGAAGUUCUGCGAGCUGUGCUCAAAUCUUGUGGGACCUCGUCGCUAGAAGCCUCGGCGGUGGCUGCCAGUCGCGAAUGGAUUGAGCGAUGCUGGAUGUUGUGGGAUCGCGACAAAAGCGGCCGCAUCUCCCUCAAGGAGUUCUGCGCAGAUGGCGGCCUCGCAGACAUGAUGCUACAGCAGAGCACCUUGGCGGCCGCGAAGCGAGUGGUGCGCAGGAUGGAGCUGGAGGUCCACGACCCCGCAGCCCUAGUGGCCUGCUGCCAGCAGCUGGUCGAGUGUGCGGUGGGGAUCCGCCCAGAGGAUCCGGUGGAGGCGUGGCCGGCCACGGCCUGCCGACGGCUCCGGGAACGCGCGUCGCAGCCCGGGAGCCGAGGAAGAAAUCCCCCAAGUCCCCCCCAAGAGGAGUUCCACCGUGAUGUGAGGUCCUGCCUGAGAUACGUUUGGGGGACAUCGAGACGUGAGGGUUCUAGCGAGGCAGAGCGGGAGAGAGAGAGAGAGGCAGAGAGAGAGAGAGAGAGAGAGAGAGAGAAGAGAGAGAGCGGAGAGGGUUGA